AUGGAAGCCGUCUCUCUUGCCGUAGCCUUCCCAGGCUUCAUCAACGAUGGGAUCGAGCUCAAACAUCGCUUCCAGGCCGCCAAAUCAUUCCAAACGGAAGCUAGCCAAGCUCGGAUACUGCUCAAGUCCAACUUGACGCGUCUCCAAAUCUGGGAAGAGAAGGCUGGCAUAAAAGAUGGAGAGCUCGCAGACAAUCACGAUCCAACUCUUGACGAUCCAGAUGUGCUAUCAAAUGUCCACGGUCAUCUCCGAACGGCCAAGCAGCUCAGUGCCAAGAUUGAGAAGGCUCUUGCAAGGCUUUCACCAGAAGCUGCCAAUCCUACUGCGACAAGAUCACGCUUACCGUUCCCGUCAAGGUCUGGAAUGAAAUGGGGAUUCGGGCAUGACAAGACUAUCUUGGACGAUUUGCAGAAAUUUGACAAGCACGUCGAAAAGCUGUACCAACUCUUUACACCGAAAUUAGGGGAAGAUAGAGAGCACUCCAGGAUAUUAGGUACUGUCUUCACACUUUACGAUGUAAGCGUCCGUUGA